GAUCACCACCGCCGCGCGCGCCCGGUAAUUUUUACACCUUCGAACACCACCAAAAGCAACGACAGCAUCAACACUCACCGUCGAUGAAAUGGCCAUAGUCACGUACAAGGUCUGCUUUGCCCUGCUCCUCCUCGUUGUGUCGGCCGUGAAUGGACGACCGGUUGGUCUCGAGGACACAGACUCCGCGUUGACCAGCAACCCUUUGCCGAGCGCCGAGGCGAACCCCAAGCUGUAUUUGAUACUGGCCGAGGAGCUCGGUACGGACGACAACGACGAGGCGGGCCACGUGGACGAAGAGACCCGAGAAAUCGUGAUCGAGAAAAUCGACGACCACACCGAUUCUAAGAUCGAGAAGCGCAGCGUCGAGGAGAAUGACGAUCUCGACACGGCUGCGGGGACGAAUGUCUUGCGGCCGCUGUUCGUUUACAGGCAGCAGCUGGCCUACAGAGAGCGGGUCAAGGGCGCGGUUAGACGCUCGGGGUUUCGACCUAGGUUCUAGGCUGAUUUUCCUUGGACUCUCUUUGUGAAGUACCUUACUUCGUUGUUACUGUUUUUUUU